GUAAACUUUCGCUGGACCCUCCAUGCAAAGUGCCACCUGAAGACUGGAGACCAUCUGACUCUGGGCAGCGGCGACAGGGGGUGGAAAAGAGGACCGAGGUUGGGGGAAAACACACACACAUACACACACACACACGCACACGCACCUGGGGGGCGGUUUUACAUUUGAACCAGUGACUCGACACAUCCGCCGAGAAAAACAGAAACAUCACACGGAGAAUAAAAGACAGAAACGCAGGAGUACAAGCCAAGGCAUUUCUGCAGAUAGUUGGGACCAGAAAACGAGAUUUGAAAACAGCCUGCAAUCUGUUGCCUCUGCCUUCAAGGUGCCUUUUAUCAUGGCGAUGCUAAGAGAAUCACACAUUUUACAAUAAGCUGCGGGAGGAAACUGACAAACGGCUGCCUCGCCAAACUCUUUGCACCAUCGUCUUGAACACUUUGCUCCCACGACGGCGCCAGCCCGGUGCAGCCAUGCAUCUGGAAGUGAAGGUGGCGCUCAACUUCAUCGUGUCCUACCUAUACAACAAGCUGCCUCGGCGCCGGGCCGACCUCUUCGGCGAGGAGCUGGAGAGGAUACUGAUGUCUCGUUUCGAGGGCCACUGGUACCCCGAGGCACCGCUCCGAGGUUCCGGCUUCCGCUGCAUCCACCUGGGAGCGCUGAGGGACCCCGUGGUGGAGCUGGCCGCCAAGAGAAGUGGAUUGGACACGGAGGAAGUGCGUGCGAAUGUUCCUGCGGAACUGAGCGUGUGGAUCGACCCCUACGAGGUGUCCUACCAGAUCGGGGAGAAGGGGGCAGUGAAGGUGCUCUACCUGGAGGACCCUCCGGGCCUCGGCUGUGACAGCGAGCGAGCCGAGGGGCCGAUCCGAGAGGGCGAAGCGGAGGCCGAGGAGACCAAGAACCUGGGCUUCAACCCCGAUGCCCAAGUCUUCGUACCGAUCGGAAGCCAGGCGUCUCCUGCCCUCAUGCCGUCGCUCUCCAGCUCCCCCACGCCCCUGUCUGCCCCGUCCUGCCCCGGGCUCUUCAGCUACCCCAGCUCCAGCACGCCCACCGACCCCGGCGUCCACUCCUCCAACACCUCCACCCCGUCCCCCCCCAGCAGCGGGCUGCCCUACCUCGCCGCUCAGCAGCCGCCAGCCGCUCUCCCCGCCGCCCGUCCCCAGCCCAUCACCUUCACCACCGCCAGCUUCGCCGCCACGAAAUUCGGUUCGACCAAAAUGAAGAAGUGCAGCGGGGCCGGGUCGGCGGCCGGCUCCGGCGUCAUCGUGCCGCCGUCGCAGAGGAUGCUCUCCCGCUCGCCCACCACCAUCUCUGCGCCGGAGCUGCUCAAGCACAAGCCCCUGUCGCUGUCCCUGCACUCCCUCGGAGGCCCCAUCCCCAGCCAGCUCUCCCCCAAUGCCAAAGAGUUCGUAUACCCAGGAUCCCCGGGCCCCCUCUACUUCGACGCCGACGCCCAGCCCAUGCAGCCUCACGCCAGCCCCUUCCAGCCCCCGCACACGGUCAACGCCCACCCCUCCUUCGACCCGUUCUCCAGCCCUCCUGCUCAGAGCGUGGGCAUCAUUGGCAGCAACGGGGGAAUCUCUUACAUGGAGAAGCCGCCAUUUGUGGAAGGUUUAGGAAGCUACAAUUUGCAAUAUCCUAGUCAGUCCUUCCAGCCGGUGGUGCUGGCAAACUAAGCCUUCAUUUGCGAUAAGAAUGGUUGUAGGAGGAGUCCACGCUCCAGAUAUUUUCAGUUUUUCUAACAAACUGUUCUAAUACUAAUACACGUUAAGAAUUAGUUUUACUACAAACAUU